UACAUAGAAAGCCAUAUCGAGUGUUUGACGGGCAUUAGAAGCGACUAUUCUCUUUCCUCUCUUCAAACUCCUUGUAUAACAAUCUCCGUAUUGUUUGCAUAAUUCGAGAAAUGUUUCGCGGAAGUGUGAAGUUGCUGUUUCUGUCGCGUCUACUGCUCGUUUCCUGCGUGAACGACAACAUCCUGGUGCGAGAUUACUUUACGCACAGAGGCGUGUCCAGAGUCGUAGGAUUUGCUUGCGGCAAUCGCGAAAAUGACGUAAAAUUCAUGAAGACGUUGAACGACGUUUUCUUAAUCGCAUCAAUUUGGAAUCUCGACUCUGUGAUUGGAUCAUCCGCGCACAGCUUGAGGAUGCUCCUGCAGAACAACUAUCGCAAUUUAGGCGUUUACGUGGACGCGCGAUGCGACAAUUACAAUUACACCGUAAUUUAUUCCGAGGCUACAAAAUAUUUUAUGUACGACGAAAUGCACAAAUGGCUGAUCUUGGGACGGAAGUUGGACGACAUCGUGCAAUCACUGAACGAUGAUGCCUUCGACGUGGUAACCGAUGUUGCGAUCGCCGUACCGUCUCUCACUGGUUACGAUCUGUACGACGUCUACAACCCUUGCAAGGCUCGCGGUGGCUCUUUGAACGUGACCGCUUUGGGAUUCUGGACCGAAAAGUCUGGCGUGUCGAUCAGAUUGGAGCAAUCCAAGUAUCAGAGAAGAUUCGACUUGCAUGGCAUGAAACUCAAAGUGGGAAUCUUGCUAUCACGAAAAUUCUACAAUUUGUCAAUGGAUGAUACCAUUCUGAAUCAAGGGUUGAAGGCGAAAUACGGUCGGUCUCGAUUUCUUUACACGCUCUUGUUAUACAUGGCUGAUCUCUUUAACUUUACUAUGGAAAUCGUGGAAUUGAAUCCGAGAAAACGGCAGGAUAAUACCGCGCCGAUAUUUCUCGCUUUUCAAAAGCAACAGAUAGACAUAUCAGCCAGUCCGAUCGUGAUGAACACGGAAAGAUUAAGCAUGGGAGAUAUUAUUGGUCCGGUAUGGCCGAUGCGAUCGUGUUUUCUAUUUCGGACGAUAUCCUCAGCGGAGAUGAAAGCAAAGCAGUUCUUGCGGCCGUUAGACGUUAAGGUGUGGUACGUGAUACUCUGCACGAUAGUGAUCGCUACAUCGGUUCUGGUGAUACUCAUUAGACAGGAAGGCAUUCGCAGUGUCACAGAAGGCUACGACCUCUCUGUUCUUCUUACCAUAGGCGUUAUGUCGCAACAAGGUUCCGUGUUCGUUCCGGUCCAUUACGCGGGUCGCGUAGCGUUCUUACAUAUCUUGCUCUUCAGCGUAUUGAUCAUGAACUACUAUUCGGCGAGCGUCGUGUCGGAUCGAUUGAAGAACAAAGCCGAGAAGAUGAAUGACUCGUUGAUCACUUUGGCGAACAGCAAUUUGAAAGUGGCCGCCGAAUCUACACCGUACAUUCGUUCCUUACUACAGUCACCAGAAAAAGAGAUGCGAUAUUUUAACGAGAAGCGAUGGGACAGAAUACCGGAGUCUAAGCGAUAUCUGCCUCUGGCUGAGGGUCUGAAUCGAGUGGCUACAGGCGGCCUGGCUUAUCACACAUCAGUCGAUGCCGCGUAUCCGUACAUUGAUCGGCAUUUCUACCCGCGGAUGAUAUGCGAGUUAACGGAAGUUCAUCUUUUCCGUGCGGUCCUCGCUCUUUGGACCAAGCACAAGAGUCCGUUCACCCCGUUAUUGAGAGUCGGCUUGGCAAAAAUGUACGACACGGGAAUACGUAAGCGACAACUGAAACGCUGGUCGGCGAGAAAGCCCUACUGCCCGAGAAACAUGCUGAUCGCCGAGCCCCUGUCGAUCCAGGAAGCAACACCCGUUUUCGUGUUCCUCACUAUUGCUACUACGCUGGCCAUCGUGAUUUGCAUAAUGGAAAACUUGAUUUACUGGAUAUGUGGUCCACGAGAUGAUGCUUACAAAGUUGGUAUAUUCACGAUCAUCAAGGAAUACGACGGACGCAUCAACAUGCGACGGUUCUUAAACACCGAGACUUGGACCUUAGGAGUCAUCGUGGACUUGCGAUGCCACAACGAAAGCGCUGUGGCCAUCUUCGCCGAGACUUCCAGAUAUCGUAUGUACGAUUACUCGUACCGCUGGUUGGUCCUGGGAUCGAAACUGAACAGCAGCACGACGCUCCUGAACGACAGCGCUUACAGCAUGACUACUGAUCUCACGCUCGCGAUAACAAAUGGCAGUGGCUACGAUUUGUACGACGUUUAUAAUCACUGCAAGUAUCGAGGAGGUACUCUGAACGUGACGAGAUUAGGCUCGUGGCGACGAGAAACCGGUCUCGUCAUUACUCUGACGCAGCCACUGGUCCAGAGGAGGGCCAACAUGCAUGGCAUAACACUGAAGAUUUCGGGCGUGAUCCAAUAUAGACCGAAAAACAUGCGGUUGGAGGAUUACAUGCACGACAUCAACACCAGAUCCUUGGACAGCAUGCAUAAAUUUGUGUACGCGAUGGUAUCUCACACCAGUGAUCUUUUCAACUUCAGUGUACACGCUUCGGAAAUCGUUUAUUGGGAUCGUCACAGCGUGCACGGCCUGAUAUUCGAAAUAUUACAGUCAAAUUACAUUGAUUUCGCGAGUAACCCCAGGAUUAUGGUGUCCGAGAGAUUAGAGUACGCCAACCUCAUCGGCGCGGCAUGGCCGAUCAGACCCUGCUUUAUGCUGCUGUCCACUACAUCGACUAAAAUUAAGUUUGCGAUCUUCUUGAAACCUUUCGCAUUCUCGACUUGGUACCUGGGUGCCGUCUUUAUGGUGCUUUUCAUGUUCGUAAUGAGAAUAAUAAUGAAACGCGAGGAAGCAAGCAAACAAGAAGAGUAUUCCAGCGCCAUGGUCCUUACUAUUGGCAUCAUCGCUCAACAAGGUGCGACUUUCUUCCCAAAUCAUAUACCGGGUCGCAUCGCGCUUUUGCAAAUUCUCGUAUUCACCUGGCUCAUGUUCAACUAUUACUCGGGCAGUAUCGUAUCAGCUCGUUUAAGUGAGCCGCUCGAUAAGAUGGAGGACGACGUGACGACCCUCGCGGACAGCAAGAUCAAGAUUGCUGCGGAGGCUGUACCGUAUUUGAAUUACUUCCUAUACAAACUCAAUUCGGAGUCGAAUUACUUCAGGAAGAAACGUUGGGAUUCAUUGCCGGAGUCGAAGCGAUACAUGCCGAUAGAAGAGGGCAUGAAAGAAGUGAGCGAGGGCACCCUGGCCUAUCACACCGACCCCAACACGGCGUAUCCAUACGUCGAAAGAAUGUUCGAUCCGAACAAGAUUUGCGAGUUGACGGAGAUACAUCUGUUCAAGCAGUCCGUCAUGGGCAUGUACGCCAGUCGCAAUGGACAAUUUACAGAGUUGGCGAAGAUUGGACUGUCCAAGAUGUUCAAUACCGGGUUACGUGAUCGACAGAUAAAGUAUUGGUCGAGCAGGAAACCUCAGUGCCAGCUCGAUACUUUAUCCACGAGAAGCAUAUCCGUAUACGAGACUGCUCCGGCUCUGAUUUUGUUAGCCUUCGGUAUACUUGUCGGCUGUGGAAUAUGCGUCGUCGAGAAUAUCAUUUAUUAUCGAUCCAUGAGCGAGCCUCUUAGUCUUGGAGUCUAUAUACGAGGAAGGAUGCAGCUGUUAGGUUUCUUCCUCUUGCAAAUGUUCAUCGUCGUUACGUACGCACAAAUCAGUCUCAUUAUUCGAGAUUAUUUCCUUUAUAAGAAAGUAACCAGAGUAGUGGGAUUCUCUUGCGGGGAUGUGGAAGAUGAUUUUCAUACGAUGAAGCUGUUGAAUGAUAUUGGGAUUUCCACGGCGAUUAGGCCGGCUGGACUCCAAGUCGAUCUUCUGAGAUAUCUCAGGACUGAUUGGACUUUAGGUGUGUUCGUGGAUGUGCGAUGCCCGAACCAGAACGUUAGCGGCAUCUUCGAUGAAGCUUCUGCACAUCACAUGUUCGACUACUCGUACAAUUGGUUGAUCCUAGGAAGCAACAGGAGCCACAGUGUGGAUACCUUGAACGACACCAGCUUCAGCAUUGUUACGGAUCUCGCGAUUCUGUUGCCGGACGAGUCCGAUUAUAUUCUCUACGAUGUAUACAAUCUUUGUAAGAUACGCGGCAGUGCACUGAACGUCACGAAAUUAGGCACUUGGCAAAAGGACGGCGGACUCGUGAUAACUUUGACUGGCUCGAAGAUCGCCAGACGACGGAAUUUUCGUGGACUACGCGCCAUAUCGAUUGGAAUAGUGUUACACAGGCCGGAAAACAUGAGUUUGGUGGAUUAUCUGGAGGGCGACAGCUACGAAGUAAUGGAUAACUGGCCGAAAUUUGGACACACUAUGCUGUCACAUGUCGGAGACAUGUUCAAUUUCACUUUGGACGUCAUGGAGCAUACUCGCUGGGAGAAAAACGACAGCGUGGGUCCUGUGAUGAAUACUUUGAAAAGGGGCGAAGCUGAUCUAGGCUAUUAUCCUUCCAUUUUGACAAUCGAGAGAUACGGAUACGCGCGUGUUAUACUUCCACAAUGGCCCACACGGACCUGUUUCAUGUUUCGCACUAUACCAGAGAUGAAGAUGAAACCCUGGAUAAUAUUAAAGCCGUUCGCAGUGGACACGUGGUACAUGAUUAUCGUGAUCGUGGUGGUCACUGUCCUCCUCUUAUCAUUCAUACUGAAGCUAGAACAUGCUGAGGACUAUGGAUAUAGCAUCUCGGCGCUAAUCACGGUCGCCGCGUUGUGUCAGCAAGGUGUGCCCACUUUUACUGAUCAAACGGCCAGUCGUAUCGCCUUCAUUCAAAUCACCGUUUUCGGCUUGCUAGUGUACAACUACUAUUCGGCGGCGAUAGUGUCAGCGAGAUUGAACGAGCCUCUCCAAAAGAUGAACGACUCGUUGUACUCGCUGAUACGCAGCAAAAUGCCGCUCGCCGCCGAGAUGAAUAUCUUCUUCGACUUUUUGCUGCGAAAUCCAAGGCCGGAGGUGCAGUACUUCAAGCGUUAUUGGAAUCGUAUACCGGAAUCGAAGAGAUUCCUCACUAUUGAGGAGGGCGUGGAGAGAAUGAAGAAGGGAGGCUUCGCUUACCAUGCCGAUCCGGACGAUAUUUAUCCGACCAUCUCACACGCAUUCGACAAGCAGAUGAUUUGCCAACUCACGGAGGUACAUCUGCUAGCACCCUCCGAGCUGGGGCUGUGGACCAAUCACAAAAGUCAGUUUCACGAAAUCUCCAAAAUAGGGUUAAUAAAGAUAUCCACCUCGGGACUUCGACGGAGAGAAAUACGUCGCAGAAUGGCUAUGAAACCUUAUUGCCCGACCGACGAGUUGUUCGUCUCCAGCAUCACCAUCUACGAAGCGGCGCCGAUCUUGAUUCUCCUGCUGUUCGGCAUGCUAAUUUCGCUUAUUGUAUUAGCUAUGGAGUACCUGAUCUUCCACGUGACGAGCUCGAAACCAACGAAACUAGAUAUCAAAUCUCAUAAAAAGAAUAAAAUAUUAUUAUCGCAGGAUAAAAGAGCAUUUAAGGGAAAGAAGAACGUGUUUGUCGUUCCGCAAGCAAGUAGCCUUUUCCAUAAGGCACUGUUAACGAAGUAAUGAUAUAUUUAUUAUAGGUAUAGGAUUUAUGAUAGGUGAAAGAUAUAGUAAUAAAAGUAGCUGAAUAA